AUGAAUGAUGAGAGUUUACGCUCUUGGAGUUGGAGGAAGACGCUCCAGUUAAGGCACACAGCUAGAUCCCUUAUCAAAUAUUCAAUUGGCAACGGGGCAGACACAUCUUUAUGGUGGGAUAAUUGGGCUCCAGGGGGCCCCCUCUGCACAAGGUUUCCAAUCUCUAUACUGACUGAAGGUGGUUUUCAAGAAGGAGUUACUCUCGACAAUUUCAUUCAAAACAACAACUGGUCUUUUCCCAUGAGCUUCACUAAUUCUAUCCCUAAAUUAUCUAACCUACCUGCCCCAGCUCCUUCUACAAGGGACUCCAAGAAGUGGAUAGCCUCUCCCAAUGGUUCUUACUCAUUCAGUCACACUGUCUCUCAUUUGAGGGGGGAUCUUCCUACUGUUUCAUGGUAUAAUCUAGUUUGGAAUUCUCCCUCCAUUCCUAGAAUGAAGUUCAUUUUUUGGUUAGCAGUUCAGUCCAAAUUGCCAACUUAUGAUAGCAAGUCAAUGUCCAAGCACAUUAAUAUCUGCCCACUAUGCAGUGCAUCCACAGAGUCUCAUGAUCAUAUUUUCCUAAAUUGCUCCUUUGUCUCCCCAUUGUGGCGUUUUAUCAAAUACAAGUGCAGCAUCUCUACAUCCUUAAGAAGUUGGGAAGCUCUUGUUCAGUGGGCAAGUAUCAAAUGGAAAGCUAAAAACUCAGUUAAUCUUUACAGGAAAUUGGGGCUUUCAGCUUUUGUGUACCAUACCUGGGAGGAGAGGAACGCCAGGAUUUUCAGCGGAAAAAAGGCAUCUCCGAGAGUUGUACGUGCCAAGUUUGCAGGUUAUAAAGACCUACCUAAAAAGGGUGAUAUGGUUUCAAAGGGGCAGUGUGAACAUUUGAAAGAUUCUAUCGUCACAAAUGACAAACACCAUGCGAUGAUGCGGGGAUCUUACCCUGCUUUACAAAGAGACGAACGUUGGAGUGUAAUAAUCGACUCACUAGUUAAAAUAGCAACCCCUGGAUAUACCAUUGUGGAGGAAAUUUAUAAUUAUUGGAAUGGCACUACUCCCAGCCAAAUCAGGGCUCGUAACCGGAAGACUGAAACAGAUAUGUGCUCAUGCACUAAACCUAAAGUUGCCAUGCUCUAUGAAAAGUGUCUAAGCUAUUCUGGGAGCAAUGCUACAAAAUAUUGUGGAUCAUUACGCAAAUUAUUGUACUUAUACACUAAUGAUUAUAAAGACCUACUUAAAAAGGGUGAUAUGGUUCCGGAGGGGCAGUGUGAACAUUUGAAAGAUUCUAUGGUCACGAAUGACAAACCACCAUGUGGGGAUCUUACCAAACUUUACAAAGAGAUGGAAAACCCAUUCCACCAUCAGUGUGGAAACGAAUCUUCAAUCCUCCUGACACUAGUGCCUAGUUGGUUUCACAGUUCUUGGCACUACCGCAAAGAUUUAGCUUUCGAAUUAUUACUUUGA